AUAUAUUUUAUAUAAAACCAUCAAACUAUUUUAUUUAUUUUUAUAUUAAAAUGUUUGGAUAUUACGAGAAACCCAGAAAUAAUACAAAAUGUCACGCAAAACACGAAAAGUUAAAAGAAAUAAAUCUACCUGGGGUUGCUGUUGGAUCCUUUAUGCAUGUUGGUAAGGAACCGAACACCAACAAGCACAUAAGAGACCGCGAUGCCCGUAUGAAAAAGUCCGACGGGCUUGACUCUAGGCUUGCCGAAGAGAAAAGAAAGUUGCUUAUGGAGAUCGUAGUUUCCGAAAGCGAAAAAACCGGAAAUAACAUAAUUUUUCGAAGAAAAGUCAACGACAAAGUCGACCAAAAGCUCAAGCAGUACGAAAAAACGAUCGCUGAAAGACGAGCUAGGUUAAGCGAAUUGUUGGAAAAAGAUGAAAAGCAAUUUUACUAUGAAACAGUCGAUAAAGCCCAAAAAAGUGACCAAUCUAACUUCGAGGAAAUGGCGAAGCGGGCCAAAGAAAUUCGGGCCAAUCGUGAGGCUGAAAGGCUUAAAUUGGCUGAAGAAAAGCGACUGCAACAAUACGCUCAACGUUCAGAAGAUUUAAGACUGCUAACAACCAAAAAACUUUUAUACGACACAAAAGAAGCAAAUCUCAUACAAAUGAAGGAAAAUCAAAUGAAAAAAGAACGCGAAAAGGAAACUGAACACAUGUGGCAUCAGAUAACGAUGAAGGAGAUUCAGGAGAAGGCACUAAGAGAAGAGCAAGACUUGCUCUUAGACAAGCAGAAAAAAGGAGGUAUCACAGAAGUAUGGGAGAAACAAAUCCAAGGCAAGCAUCUUGUCGAAGCUGAACGCGAACGAUUGAAAAUUGAAGACAGGAUGGAACUUGAUAGACUUCAUGAAGAAAUAAACAAAUGUGAACUAGCAGAUCAAGUCAAUUACAAGGAAAUUCAAAGGAAAUACGCUGAAGAAUUAACCAAUCAAAUAAAGAAGAACCAAGAAUUCAUCGCGUACAAAAAACACUUAGAAAAUACGUUCGAGGAGGAAAUUGCGGAGUUGGUUAGAAAAGAAAUUGAGGCAGAAAAACGAACAGUAUCAGAUAACAGAAACUUAUUGCAAAGGGAGACAAAAAUGUACAGACAACAUCUAGCCGACCUUCAAAAGCAAAGGAAAGAAGAUGAAAUACGAUUGGAUGAAUUGCUGGAGAUCCACCAAAAGGAGGUUACGAAGCAGAAAGACGAAGCUUAUUGUAAGGAGUGGAACAAAAAGGAAAAAUUAAACAGGGACGUUAUAAAAGGAAGACAUGAACAAAUGGAGUUGAAGAAAGAAAGACAACGCCAUGAAGAAAAAAUGAAGCAAAUGGAGAAAGAAAUGAAUUCAAAAAUAUAUGAAAUGAAUAAUUGCUUGGAACGAGAAAUGGAGAGGAAGAAUUUGGAAAUGCAAAAACAAUACCAAGAUGAACUGUCACAACAGAUUCAUUACAACGAUAUACUAAAGCAAAGGGAAGUUGAACAUCUAGAAGAACAAUGUAAAAGAAGUCUAAUAGAAGAAGAAUAUUACCAAAGAAAAAUAAAAGAUGUUGCAAAUUUUGGACUUUUAGGACGACAAAAGCAUCAAUUUCAAAUUGUACUGGAGAAAAACAACAAAAUACCUCAAUGUUGUCCAUGUCCAGAACAAAAUAAAUAAAUUAAUUUGUGAUUUUUUUAAUAUAAAUGAACACAGU